AUGGAGAAAUCCCUCUUUGCUCCAAAGCUUCAUGGGCCCGAAUAUAAGAGGAUACUCACCACAGAUUCUUCUAGCGAGGAUGGAACUGAGAUGAGUGAGCCUCCCUCGUGGUUUCGAGAAAUCAAUGAUGAUAUCCGAUCUCGAAUCUCGAGGAGAUUUUUGAUUUCAGUUACAUUGUUAUCCAUAGUGCUGUUAUUCGUGUCGUCCAUAACGAUAACUGGACUAGUCAUCUCCUCUCGAAAACCUCAUAAAUUACCGGUCGCUCCUGAAGGGACAGCUUGUGGAGGCAAUCCGACUGCCGCAAGAUUGAAUGGGUGUGUUUUCGACCCCAUGAUGAGCGCGUGGAUACCUCGAGAUUGUGUUUUUGAUGAGUUGGUGGAACACGCCGGCGACAUCUUUACAACGUGGGAUUGGUAUUCCGAUGUCGACCUCACACAGCCGAUCAACGGAAAGGACGAGUUGGAUUUCUUGCGAGCUGGAAAUUAUACUAGGGUGUGGACUUCACAUCAGAACGCUCACGAGCUUCACUGCGUAUAUAUAUGGAGAAAGAUGGGUAUGGCUUUGAGAAAUGAUCCUCCAUUGGUGGAUGCGAGCAAUGCUUAUCGCCACGUAACUCACUGCUCCGCCAGCCUGGAGUUAAUAUUGCAAGCAAAGACUGUCCCUGAGGAACCAGAGGCUUUUGAAUGGCCUAUGAUGUAUCAUACAUGUUCCUUACUUAAAUACGACGUAUGA